AUGGAUAAGCAUGAAAAAUCAAAAUUAACAACGAUUGAUGAAGGACGAAAAUGCCCUAGCCAUCAUUAUUGUUUGAUUAGCAAUCUGAAAGUAGGGCUGAUUUUCAUCAACUUGCAAAUCAAGGGAGUUGAUGUGAAGGCUAAACAUUUAGAGACAAUGGACUUCAGAGAUGGAUGCAAAAAUGAAUGUGUCAGACUUCUUGGAUCCAAAGGCCUCCUGUAUUUCGAAUAUGUCUUCAUGUUGUUGUCUUUGGGGUCUGCAAGGGAGGUGUUUUCGUCGGCGCCUUCACAGGGAGUAAUAUAUGUCCAACUUUUGCAGAACCUGAAGAUAUUUAUUCAGGUGCAUGUUAGGUGUUUGGUGAAAUGUCUAACUGAAGCUAUCCUUCAUUUUUUACCCUUAUUCAUGACACUAGCCAAUACAACUUUGGGCUGGUAA